AUGCGCCCUUUAGAAGCCAGGAUAAAUAACUGCGCUGUUGCCCGGCCAGGCGCUGUGCCGACUGCCGGUGCCGGAAGAAGGAAAAACAAAGAUCCGGUUCGUCAGGCAAUCACCGGCAGGGACCUUCCUCCGCUGGAGCAGCGCAUGGCGUCGCGGCGCGCCGCGCACCGCCGGCUCAUGGGCACGUCGUCGUCGUCGUCCCCGGCGCCGUCGGGCGACGGCGAGGCGGCUGCGGGGCGCGGGUCGAGCCAGGAGGCGAUGAAGAUAAUGGUGUCCGUGCUGGUGGUGGUCAUCUUCUGCACGCUCUUCUACUGCAUCUACUGCUGGCGCUGGCGGAAGCGCAACGCCGUGAGGAGAUCGCUGCUCCAGAGCCUGCGGCCGAUGUCGAGCUCCGACCUGCCGCUCAUGGACCUCGCCUCCAUCCACGCCGCCACCGACAACUUCUCCAAGGCCAACAAGCUCGGCGAGGGCGGCUUCGGCCCUGUCUACAGAGGCGUGCUGACGGGCGGGUCGGAGAUCGCGGUGAAGCGGCUGUCGGCGCGGUCGCGGCAGGGCGCGGCGGAGUUCCGGAACGAGGUGGAGCUGAUCGCCAAGCUGCAGCACCGCAACCUGGUGCGGCUGCUGGGCUGGUGCGCCGAGCGCGACGAGAAGCUGCUCGUCUACGAGUACCUCCCCAACCGCAGCCUCGACGCCUUCCUCUUCGACGCAAGCAAGAGCGCGCAGCUGGACUGGAAAACCCGGCACAGCAUCAUCCUGGGCAUCGCGCGCGGGCUGCUCUACCUGCACGAGGACUCGCUGCUCAAGGUCGUCCACCGGGACCUCAAGGCCAGCAACGUGCUCCUCGACAACAAGAUGAGGCCCAAGAUCUCCGACUUCGGCAUGGCCAAGAUCUUCGAGGACGAGUGCAUCGAGGUUAACACCGGCCGCGUCGUCGGAACCUACGGGUACAUGGCGCCGGAGUUCGUGAUGGAGGGCGUGUUCUCGGUGAAGUCGGACGUGUUCAGCUUCGGGGUCCUUCUCAUCGAGAUCCUCGGCGGCAAGCGGAACGGCGCGCUCUACCUCGAGGAGCACGAGCAGACCCUCAUCCAAGACGCAUGGAAGAGCUGGACGGAGGAGAAGGCGGCCGAGUUCAUGGACCCGGCGCUGGGGCGGGCCUACUCCAAGGAGGAGGCGUGGCGGUGCUUCCACGUGGGGCUCCUCUGCGUGCAGGACGACCCGGAGCUCCGGCCGACCAUGUCCAGCGUACUGCUCAUGCUCAUCAGCGACCACAUGGACCUGCCCGCGCCGGCCAGGCCGCCCAUGUUCACCCGGCUGAGGACCUUCCCGGCGGCGAUGAUCCCCUUCUCCACCAAGACCGAGUCCACCUUCUCGCCCCAGUCCAUCAACGACGUCUCCAUCACCGUCGUCGAGCCGCGAUGA